UAUGCUUUAUAGGUAAAGUAUGAAGAUUGUUGGCUAUUUUCUGCCUAUGAUGAUUUGCGCAGUAGUUCCUGUGCAUCCAUUAAUGAGAAGUACUGGAACUGCACUUUGUCAGAGACCGGAAAUGCAGGGAUUAUGUGCCUUGUCCGGCACUUGGAGAAAUCAGCUGAUGUAUGAAAUGACAAUAACGUGUAAAGAAGGAACCAUCAAAGGUCAAUAUAUCAGCGCCGUCGGAUAUGCUGGACGAGAAUAUGACAUUGAAGGGAGGUAUCAGAAGGUCAACGAGACGGACUAUAUUGUCGGAUGGUCAGUUGCCUUUAAAAAUAAGUAUCGUGAUUUAAAAUCCGCUGAAAGUUGGACGGGGGUAUUCUACGCUACUGAAGGUAUAAUCAAAACUCAGUGGAUGAAAGCAUCAUUCAAAAAUCCGGAAGAUUAUUGGUCAACCUUUACAACGAAUCAGGACAUGUUUACUAUGGUCGAAUCACACCCUUGUUUGCAAAACAACAAGAACUGAAUGCAUGCAAAACAACUAACAAAAUCUUUUUUCCAUUAGCAAUUCUUUGCAUGGCUUACAAUUUUAUUUUGAGUUACAGAGCAGCUCAAAAUUUAAGAUAAAUUUUGUUUCAAUCAUAAUAAUUUAAUGGAUGAAGCAAUGAUUAAUUUUGUAAUAUAUAGUUUAGAACACUUUAAAGCGUUUUUUAAGACUCUGAUGAGUACUAUUUAUCUUAACACUUCACAUUCUGCAUUGCGAAUCGUUUUGAUAAUCUUUGCAACUUUUGGUCUACAUGACUUCUAAAAAUGUUUUAAUUUCAAAGAUACUGUAAUAAUGUUAGCUUAAUUCCUGGAAUUUGAAAUUCGAUCAAUAUAUUUUCUAUUAUAUUGAAUACCUUCUGGUGUCUCCUUUCUAUUGUUAUUAAAAAUUUUUGUUCCUACCCUUAUAUAAAGCAGUUAUUUCAUUCAUUCGAGGCUUUUCUUUGUUGGUCUAAGGACCAAGCUUUCCCCUUUUUCGGCCAUUUAGCAGGUAUCUUAUUUUUUCUAAAUUAAUUUUCUAUUUUCCCGGACGUAAGUAUUUAUUUUUGAUAUUUUGUGUUUGUAUUAUUUGCUAUUCUAUAAUAAAUUAUAAACCUUC